CAGCGCUGCAAGUUUACGUAUUUUAGUCGUUUACGAUAGAGCUGCUAUAAAGCCACGAAGGGCGAGCUUUUUAGUAGCCUAGGUGCUUUGGGAAGUAAAAAACUUAAAUAAGCAGCUAAAUUAACAGACCGCAGCUUCUGGUCGGUACAAAAACAGAAACAAACUGGAAAACAGUGGAGUUUAGCUGCUGUUCCAGCUACUAGCCUAGUUUUUUGUUUUUAUUUCCUGUAGCAAAGACGGAGAAACUGCUUUCUUCAGGCGGUCUCUCAAGUUCAGUCUGCUUUUCUGAAGUUAGUGGAGUUGGAGAAGAAGCGACACGUAAGAUAUGAAGCUGUAGAACCAGAGAAUCUUUAACAUCAACCUGGAUCUCACCUCCGAUACCACUGGGAAAUCAAAAUGUGCUGUCAAGGCCAGCCAUGCAUCUAAGGUCCUACCCAAAGUUCCUAUGCUCAGAGGUGCAUUUGGAUGCAGUCCGUGUACAGACGUCAUCUCAGAGGAGCGCUUAUUUUGGUAGCCAGCAGGAGAUGCUGAUGAUGAAGAUGUCCAGUAACCAGAGCAACAUCAGCACCAGCCGUAUUCCAUUAAGCUUCAUCUCCACCAACACAUUCUACUACAGCACCGGCGGCCCAUCACUCCAUCUGAAGGCGCCGCGCGGCACCUCCGGGCAGCAGCUCUCCUGUCGGACCGACAGCAGAUGCAGCACUCCCCUCGGACCGUGCCGCAGCGCCACGGAGGACGCUGAUGCGGCACCGAACGUAUGGACAGUCAUCAAACCUGGACAUGUGCGUGAAAAGAUUGCAAUAUUUGCUUCAGAGGCAACACGGCCAGAUGGGGCAGACAGCGGCGAUUGCAGCUCAGCUCACUGCUUGAGCCACGGCGAUCCAGCAGCGAAGGCAUGCACCAACGGCAACACUCCACUGGGGCCUCUCCGCGCCGUGAAGGCCAAGGGAAGUUGGGAAGAAAAUCGCUCUGCCAAGAGGCGCCGCAGGUGCUUGAGCAACCAGAACCAUCAGCUGGACCAGAGGAGCCACAUCCUGACUGUACCAGAGCCGAGAUGCUCAGAGGGUCCCGGUGGGCAGCGUGGGGAGGCACCGGAGCCAGCACAGGGCCCAACGCCAGCGGAGGAGGAGCAGAAGAUCUCUGUGGUGGAGAUGGUGGCGUUCCUUGAGCAGAGAGCAAGCGAGCUGCAGCCAAACCUAAAACCUCUGUUAAGCCUCCAGAGGAGCUCCACCACCAUCACCCUUUCCAGAAACCCCCGGCCCGAGAUCAAGGAGGGCGACGAGCCAGACAUCGUCAGGGUGUCAGAGAUGGUGGCCAAGCUGGAGUCCAAGUGUUUGAGGAGCAGCGAGACGAGUCUGUCCAGGAGCAACAGCCUGAAGAGGACGGUGGGGCGUGUCCUGCUGGCUGCUGGACAGAAGAGCUUCAGCUCCUGCUGGACACAACCCUCAUCAGGACCACCUGAAACUCUGACAGCAGACCGGGUGGAGCCGCCUCUACAGGUGGAACCCACUGUCCGGGUGGAGUCCCCUGCCUGGGUGCUGCCCCCCACUCCUGCUGCACCGCCUAAGGAGGUUUCUGGGGAGACGGCGGGCCUUCAGAGUGCAGAGCAGGAGCCGCUGCCCGGCCUCCUGUUCCUGUCUCCUGAUGAGACGGGGCCAACGCUCUGCACCCCCCAUUACAGAACGACCUUUUACCUGGAGCCCGCACUCCCUCCGGUCAGCGCCCCCCAGAGGUCAGAGAAGAACCAGGUCCACAAGACCAUGGGUUGUCCUUCUUGCUCUGUGGCGCUGCCUCUCGGCCGGAGUGCUUCGGUGUCGCAGGACUUCCUGCGGGUGCGCCAGCGGCUGCAGCAGCUGCUGGCCCCCCAGUCGUACCUGCUGCUGCUGCCGCACCACCUGCUGGUCAACCUGCUGCUGCUGCUGCCUACCCAGAGCCUCGCCGCGCUCAAGUGCACCUGCAGCUACUUCAAGUUCAUCAUCGAGAACUACAGCGUGCGGCCCGCCGACUCGCUCUGGGUGUCUGACCCCCGUUACCGUGACGACCCCUGCAAACAGUGCAAAAAGCGUUACCGCCCUGGAGACGUGUCUCUGUGCCGCUGGCACCACAAGCCGUACUGCCAGGCUCUGCCGUACGGGCCGGGUUACUGGAUGUGUUGCCACGGCUCCCGGAGGGAUGCGCCCGGCUGCAAUGUGGGUCUCCAUGACAACCGCUGGGUGCCUGCGUUUCACAGCAUCAAUGUGCCAAUUUAUAGGAGGAACUAUCACUAUGAAAGCUGAAUUAUUUUAUGUGUAUGUGUGUGUAGAGCUGUAUGAAAAGCAGAGGGGCUGCCUCAGUCCCAGUUAUUAUCAGCUGAUGCCUUGUCAUGUGUAUCCCUUUUACUAAAAAUGGUUUCCAGCAUCAAA